UAUUUUGAAAAAAUCUAACCGGAAGUACGUAAGUGUGUAUUGUAGAGCGUGUGUUUCACAACAGUUUGGAGCUUGAUGUUUUUGUGGAAUAAGACGGACAGAGCAGCUGCAAACAGGAAAAUCCCAGAGGGAGGAAGAAGAGAGCUGAAACUUCAUCACUGUCAGUGAUUUGGUCAUGGCAGGAGCUCUCAGGAUGACUGAACCUCCGUUCAUCAACGUCUACGAUAACGAUCUGCAGAUGAAUCUGAUGCAGUACGACUACAUUCCUCCAGUGGACAUAAAGACUGAACCCUACAUACCUGAGACAGCUCACGGCCCCUACAUUCAAAUCAUCGAGGAGCCAAAACAGAGGGGUUUUCGUUUCCGUUAUGAGUGUGAGGGCCCGUCCCACGGCGGGCUCCCAGGGGCAUCUAGUGAAAAGAACCGGAGAACCUACCCGACCGUGAGAAUUAAUAACUACGUGGGUCACGCCCGGGUGGAGGUCCAGCUGGUGAGCCACUCUGACCCACCUCGGGUUCACGCUCACAGUCUGGUCGGACGUCACUGCACCGAGAAUGGAACCUGCACGCUGGAUGUCGGCCCCAACGACCUCACGGCCUCCUUCAGUAACCUGGGGAUACUCCAUGUGACAAAGAAAGGUGUGGGGGAGGUCCUGAGCAGGAGGCUGAAAGAGGAGAGGAGGAGACAGAGAGGAGCCCACUAUCACAUGACAGAGUCAGAGGAGGUGUCCAUCCAGAAGGAGGCGAAGGAGCUGGGGAAGGUGAUGGAUCUGAACAUCGUGAGGUUAAAGUUCACAGCCUUCCUGCAGGAUAGCAAUGGAGGCUUCACCAGAGCCCUGAAACCCGUGGUCUCCAACCCGAUCUACGACAGCAAGUCACCAAAUGCCUCCAACCUGAAGAUCUCUAGGAUGGAUAAGACGUGCGGCUCUGUGCUCGGAGGAGACGAGAUCUUCCUGCUGUGUGACAAAGUCCAGAAAGAUGACAUCGAGAUCCGCUUUUAUGAAGAGGACGACGAGGGAGGCUGGGAGGCGUUCGGAGACUUCUCACCUACAGACGUUCACAAACAGUACGCCAUCGUGUUCAAGACGCCGCCGUAUCACAUCGCAGAGAUUGAGCGGCCCGUCAACGUCUUCCUGCAGCUGAAGAGGAAAAAGGCCGGUGACAGUAGCGACCCCAAACAGUUCACCUACAUCCCUCAGGUUCAAGACAGAGAGGAGGUGCUGAGAAAGAAGCAGAAACCACUGCCUCACUAUGAGACCGGUUCCUGGAGAGGAGGAGGAGGAGGAGGGAGAGGAGGAGGAGGAGCUGGAGGGUAUGGAGGAGGAGGAGGAGGGGGAGGAUUCCAGUUCAACCAGCAGAUGAAUGGAGGAGGAGGGGGAGGAGGAGGGGGAGGAGGCGGAGGAGGUUUCUUCAGUGGAGGCUUCCAAGGCUUCGGAGGAGGGGGAGGAGCUCAGAUUUCAGGCUUCACCCCUCAGACAGGUGCUGCCCAUCAACAGACAGAGGGACAGACUGGAGCACAGGCUGGAGGACAGGCUGGAGGACCUACAGGAGCACAGGCUGGAGUACAGGCUGGAGGACAGGCUGGAGGACAGGCUGGAGGACAGGCUGGAGGACCUACAGGAGCACAGAGUGGCUCAGCACUUCAGCAGCAGCUCUUUCAGAUUGCUGCAGCUCUCCACAGCAGAGCCUCUCAGAGUGCCAGACACACAGCUGCUGCUCUCUUGCAUUACUGCAGCACCGGAGAUGCCCGCGUCCUCCUGCAGAUCCAGAAACACCUGUGUGGGGUCCAGGAUGGAAACGGAGACACUCCUUUGCACCUCGCCAUCAUCCAUCAGCAGACCGGUGUGAUACAACAGCUGAUCCACACUCUGCUCAGCAGCCAGCAGCAAAGCAUCCUCAACACAGCCAACCACCUCCGACAGACUCCUCUCCACCUAGCGGUGAUCACCCGGCAGGUAAAGGUGGUGGAGGUGUUGCUGAGGGCGGGUGACCCAAGCCUGCUGGACAAAGAUGGCCGCAGUCCACUCCACCUGGCAGCGUUGGCCGGAGACCAUACCACACUCCGCCCCCUGCUGGCUCACCUGGGAGAUCGCCACACCCACCUGGUGAACACACCGGACUACCAUGGUCUUCAUCCUCUCCACCUGGCCGUGAGGAGGGAGGGAGAGCGCUGCCUCCGUCUAUUGGUGGAAGGUGGAGCCAAAAUCAAUGCACCUGAGCAGAAGAGUGGAAACUCUGCCCUUCACCUGGCAGUUAGAGAAAACUUGUUCAAAGUUGCCUGUACGCUCAUCACAGAGUUGAAGGCUGAUGUCAAUGCAUGCACAUUUGGAGGAAACACACCUCUCCACCUGGCAGCCAGUCUGGGCUCUCCUACACUCUGCUCUAUGCUCAUUGCUGCAGGAGCGGAUAAGAACCUGGAGAACGACGAGCCGCUCUUCUACAGCUCCUCCUCCUCAGAUGAUGAAGAUGAACCAAUCAGAGAGAGAGAAUCUGCCUCCCAGCAGGUCAAGAGACCUGCAGGAGGCCACACCCCCCUGGACCUGGCCAGGUGCCAAAAGGUGAGGAACCUGUUGAGCAGCAGACAAAGUGUGAAGUCGAGUCGUCAGAGCAGUAAGAAGAUGAAGCAGAGCAGCAGUGAAGAGGGGGAUGUCCCGGGGCUGGACGAGGACACUCUGUCCCGGCUGGUGGACGUGUUGAGCAUCGGAGACGUCUCCUGGAAGAAAUUGGCAGAGAAACUGGGGAUGAUGACGCUGACUCACCUUUACCUGGACAGCCCAACGCCAUGUCACCAGCUGCUGCAGCACUACAAGCUGGGUGGCGGUCCAGUUGAAGGACUGGUUGAAGCUCUUCAGUCUCUCGGUCUGACAGAGGGUGUCCGACUGUUGAGAAACAAAGAGCUACGAGACGACAAACACAGUACAGAUGCCACGGUCGACAGCGGCUUCGGCAGCCAGCCAAUGGAAGAGGAGGAGUCACCAGUGACCAAUCAGUGACGAGCAGGAAUUAGGCCGGACGUCAUAAGCAGCUUCAGGAUGUUCAUCUUAGCCAAGUAAAACCAGAACUAUGUAGAACUCUGCAGGAACCAGAUCCCGACAGAACUCUGCAGGAACCAGGACUCUACAGAACUCUGCAGGAACCAGGACUCUGCAGUACUCUGCAGGGACCAGCUGUUGCACUAGUUCUGUAUAAGUUGAGUCCUAAGUUAGGGAGUAAAGUCCUCAGUAAACCAGACGCUUAAAUGAGUUAGUUUGUAACUUAAGUCGUGUCAAAGUUUGGUUCACGACAGAGUUCAUCUUAACUCUUAGACCGUAAUCUCUAAACUAAUCUAAAUAACGUUGCAGAUAUGAUGUCUUCACUCGGUUUGGCCAAUCAGUGAACAGCUUUUUUCUUGAUGGGGUGUUUAAGUGCUAACUCCUGUUAGACACAUUUCCUCUAAACAGGCUAACAGCUAACCAUAACUGCUGCAACUCCACAAACAGCAACAUGAAUGUCAAAUAUGACAAAGCAUGUUGAUCUGGUGAUAAUCAAUUUAAAGUGUAAAAUAACAACAGUGACAUCUAGUGGUGAAAUCGUGACCUACAACACACUGUACAUUAAGAUAAGGGUACUCUGGUGUUGUGCAGAUGUACGGCUCUGCUUGUGGUAAACUAAAUUGUGAGUUAAGAUCAGAGUCAUGGAACGAUUAUUCUUCAUGUGAUCUAACACGGAGAACAUGUGUCUGACACGUCACAGCUGGUAGAACUCUCUACUUCUCCUCAUCCAUCAAAUGAUCCUGUCUUUGAAAACAGGGCGCCAUGACACCUGGUCUGUUACGGAGGACUUUACUCAGAGCGCGGUGUCAAAUUUAAGAUGUGACUCUAGUUCAAGGUUGAAUGAUGUAACGUUUGAAAUAUCUCAGCUGGUGCUACGCCCAGAAUGUUCAUAGAGUAUAAAUGAGAAAUUAUGUUCAAACUAGUCCUACUCAGUUGGUCCAACCCAGUGCUGGACUGUACAGAACUUUGCAGGGACCAGGACUCUACAGGAACUACAACUCUUGAGGACUCUGCAGGAACUAGGACUGUACAGAUCUGGACUUCAGAGCCCCUAGCCUGAGAGAGUGUCUGCAGGAUGUUUGAAUCUUUGUUCCACGGACUCUGAUGUUUGGUUCCUGCAGAGGAGACGAGCAGGCUCUAAACAGACACAAAGAUCCUAAAUUGCUGACAGGAGAACUUUCUUGAUUUUUAUGGAAUUGGAAAAUUAAAGUUUAAUAGAUGUUUAUAAGGUUUACACAGUCAGCAGGUCAAAGAUGAGUUAUUUCUGCUUUAGUGUGGAUAGAAAAGUCAACUCUUUGUUUUUCUACUUUGAUGCAUUUCAUAUAUUUUGUUUUAAAUAAAGGUUAUCACACUUUGGACGACCUGAAGUCUUCAGUUCAUAUCCAGGACAAACUUCAAACAUCAGGAUAAACAGACUUCUUCAUGAUCCCUCCUAUUCCCUUUAAUAUUCUAUUAACAGUGUCUGAUCUGUCUGAAUUAACAUCUCCUGAUCCUGAACACAGCAGGUCUCAGCUGUGAUGUCAUCAGAGCAGGUCAACAGGGGUCCAAACGUUACUCACCUGUCAUCAGUGUGUCUUUGAAUCUUGAAGUGUUUUAGUGGAAGUCAGGAAGCCAUGAUUUGAAGUGUAAAGACACAAGUCGAGCUCCAAUGUCAGAAUGACAAAUGCACAGUUGGUGACAGAAGAGACAAAGAGCAACUGGAUCAUGUUGACGUUUGAAAGCUGGUGUGGUAUCUUGUUUUUGUUUUUAAAAUGAAGUCAGUGUUUUUUCACCUGAAAUCUGACUUUUUAUGAAUGUGUAUCUGAAACACUGAGUCAGGUGUUUUAAGGUGGCUCUCCGUUAGCAGACAUGUUUUUCUCUCUCUCUCUCUCUCUCUCUCUGGUAGAGUCCCAUAGACUGUGUGGUUUCUCUUUUAAAAUUAAACAUUUGAUUAAGAUGUGAUUGACAUUUAAUGCUCCUAAUUGUGAAUAAAAUGACUCUCAGACUUUGUAGUUUA